AUGAAAAAUAAAUACAAUAUAAUAAUUUACAAGAAAAGAAAAACACAUUGUAGAUUAGAUGUAUUACUCUUCUUGUUUUAUGCAUUUUAUCUAAAUUUUAUUUUACAAAAUAAAAAAUUUGAAGCUCAACCUUCAGAUUAUGAAUAUAUAGAAAAAUUAAAAUUAAAAAAAAGUGAAGAAAUAAAUAUUCUUAAGUUUAAUAAUUCUAACCUUUCUUCUGACGAAUUAUUAUAUGAUGAAAGUGAAGAGGAAAUUACGGAAAAAUUGGAUGGAAUAAAAAUACGAGUGAAUGAAUUAGAAAAAAACCAUAUAAAUACUACUGAUAAAAAUAUAAAUGAUGUAAAUAUAUCUACUGAAAAUAAUGGAAAUGAUAUAAAUAUAUCUACUGAAAAUAAUGGAAAUGAUGAACAAGAAUUAUUAAAGGAAAAUGACGAAGAAACCCAAUUAAAACCUAUAUUAUUAGGAAAAUACAAUUUGAUAUAUAUUUUUUAUAGUAUAGAAUUCGUAUGUUUACUUUUAUUUAUAUUUUUUCAUAUGAUGGUUUUUCUCUUAUCUCAAUGGAAUUUAAAUUUUUAUUUAUUUAUUGCUUUUAAUAAUUUAAAUUGUAAUGACAAAAAUAAAUAUAUAUAUAAUUUAAGAAAUUUGUGUACUCAUGUAUAUAUUAAACCAUUAUUAAAAAAAAAUGACAAAGCAGGAAUAAAUAGCAAAGAGAGAUUUAACACUGAUUAUAAUUUCUAUAAACCAAAAGCAGAUUUGGUAGAAUUAAAAAAAAUAAAUAAUGAUAUUUUUUUUUUUUAUAAGCAAAAAAAGUAUUUAUUUGAUUAUAAAACAGUGAAAUUUGAGUCACUUAAGCAUUUUGACAUUUUUAAUUUAUCAUUUUAUUUAAAAUGGAAAGGAUUAAUUGAAUAUGAAAAAGAGGCAUAUGAUAAUAUACAAGUAAAUAAUAUUUCCAAUGAUAUAAAAAGAAGCAUAAAGAAUGAGGAUUUAAAUAGUUUGUUUAAUAAAAUAGAUAUUUUAUAUUCAGAUAAAUUAAAAAAAAAAGAUAUAAAAUCAUAUAAAGAUAAAACAAAAGUAAUUGAUUCUGAUAAUAAUGUAAAAGAAGAAGGAAGAAAAAUCAACAGACUUAUGAAUGAUAAGAAUAAAGAUGAAGAAACUAAUUUUAGUGAAGUAAAUAAAAAUAGUAAAGUACAUGUAAUUGAUAAUCACAAAAUAAUAAAUGAAAACUUUUAUUAUAAUAAGAAUUAUUUUCAAAUACCACAUGAUUUAUAUGUAAAUAAUAAUUUAAAUAAAUAUGGAGAAAAUAUAUAUGAUAUUCCAUCACCUUGCUUUAAAAAAUUAUUAUACGAAUCUAUGUUGUCUCCUUUUUUUAUUUUUCAAUUUUUUAGUAUUAUCCUUUGGAUGCUAGACAGUUAUUGGUAUUUCGGUGUUUUUUCAAUUUUUAUUUUAGUUGUUUUAGAAGCACAACUAAUUAAUAAAAGAAUAAGAGAAUUUAAUCUUAUAAAUAGUAUGAAAGUACCAUCCCAAAAUGUCUAUGUGUACAGGAAUAUGCAAUGGAAAAUCAUAAAAUCAAAUAUGUUACUACCUGGAGAUAUAUAUAUUUUAUCAAACGAACUCAAUGGUAAUGAUAAUAUAUGUACAUGUGAAACUUUGUUGAUUGAAGGAAUUUGCAUAACUGAUGAGUCAAUUCUCACAGGGGAAUCAGUUCCAUUAAUUAAAGCAGCUAUAGAUAAAAAUACAGAAGAAAAAAAUGUAGAAAGUAGUUAUGAAAAUUCCAUUUUUUUAGAUAGAAUAGAUAUUAAAAAUAAGCAUAAAAAAAAUAUUAUAUAUGCAGGAACAAAUAUAUUGUUGACAAAAAAUGAAAAUAACGAAUUUAAUAAUAAAAAGUUACCUAUUAAUGGGUGUGUAGGAAUCGUAUUAAAAAAUGGAUUUACCACAUAUCAAGGAAAAUUAGUUAGAACAAUUAUUAACACUUCAGAAAAAGUUAAUUCUUCAAGCAUUGAUUCAAUUAUAUUUCUUUUUAUAUUAUUAUUGUUUUCUAUAUCAUCUAGUGCAUAUGUAGUAUAUAGUGUAUUACAUUCUAAUCACGAAAGAAAUUUAUAUAAACUUAUUUUGUCUGUUUCUCAUAUAAUUACGGCUGUUAUACCUCCCGAGUUCCCAAUAACUUUGUCUUUAGCAGUAACUAUAUCUAUUGUGUAUUUAUACAAUUUAAAAAUUUAUUGUACAGAACCAUUCAGACUCCCUUUUUCAGGAAAAUCCAAAAUAUGUGCUUUUGAUAAAACAGGGACACUAACUGAAGAUAAUAUGAUUGUUUUAGGUUUAUUUGGAUUAGAUAAUAAUUUUAAAAAAAUAAAUGAAAUAAAAGAGUCUAUUGUUAACAAACAGAAAAUUCCUUUUCUGUCAUUAUCUGUUAUAGCAGGAUGUCAUUCUAUAUGUACAGUUAAUAACCAAUUAUUAGGGGACCCUUUAGAGAAAAAUUCAUUUUUAAAGUUUAAAUGCAAUAUGAAAUGUUUAGAUAAUACCUUCGUAUAUACAAAUAACAGAAAAUCUUCUAAUGAAAUAAAUAAAAAAUCAGGUAAUUAUUAUUCAAAAAAUAAUUAUGUAGAGAAUUUUCAAAUUUAUAAAAGAUUUUUUUUUACUUCUGAAUUACAAAGAAUGACAUGUAUAAUAGCACAUGAGGGAUAUGAAUAUGAUUGGUAUGGUGAAGAAUAUGAAGAAGAAUAUGAGAGUAAGGAAAAUGAUGAUAAUACUAUUAGUGAAAACGUAGAAAUUAUAGAUAAUUUAAAAAAAAAUAAAAAUGAUAAUAGCAAUCAAAUUAUACGACAGUACUUAGUAGUAAGUAAAGGAUCACCAGAAAUGAUGAAAAAGUUUUUAAAAAAAAUUCCAGAAAAUUAUGAUCAAAUUUUAAAUAGUUUAUCGAUUAAAGGAUAUCGUGUUAUAUGCUUAGCUGCAAAGGUAUUAGAUAGCAAAAUAAUAAAUAAAAGUAUUAAAAGAGAAGAAAUAGAAAAAGACUUACACUUCUGUGGAUUUUUAGCAUUUAUAUGCCCAAUUAAAAAAUCAACACCUAAAUACAUUCUUGAUAUAAAAAGAGCAGGCAUAAAAAAUAUUAUGAUUACAGGUGAUAAUGCUUUGACUGCAUGUCAAGUUUCUCAAGAUGUUAAUAUAACUCCAUCAGUAAAAAUUAAAGAUAUUCUAAUUUUAAAGCUAAAAGGAAAUGUUUCAACUAAUAAGAGAAUUCUCAAAGACAUACCCAAUGAAAUGCAACACAAUAAGAAGAACAACACUAAUGAAGAAGAGAAAGAAAAUAAAAAUGACAUAAAUAAAAAAGAGGAAAACGAGAGUAUGAAUGAAAAUAGAAAAUAUCAAACUUUUACAAAUGAGGAGAAGGAAGAAGUAAUAACGAUGCUAAAUCAUAUUAGCAAAAGAAACAUAAAUUUAAAAAAUUAUGUAGAGAAAAUAAUUGAAAUAAUUGAAAAUAGUAAAAACAUAAAUAAUAUGUUGUAUUUUAUUAAUAGAGAGAAUAAAAAAGUUUUACCUUUUAUUGAUAAUAAAGAAUAUAUAAAAUUGUGUGCAAAACUUUUUUCUUUGUGCAUAACAGGAGAUAUAAUUGAAUAUUUUCUUCAAAAUACUCAGAAAAAUUCUACCUUAUUUGAUGAACUCAUAAAAAGAGUGCAUAUAUUUUGCAGAGUAUCUCCAAAAAAUAAAGAAAUUAUUAUAAAAACUUUAAAUAAAUUAGGUAAUAUAACGAUAAUGUGUGGAGAUGGUACCAAUGAUAUGGCAGCAUUAAAAGCCGCACAUGUAGGUGUCUCAUUAUUAAGUAUAAAAAUAGGUUAUAAAAAUAGCAAUUUAAGUAGCAACGUAAAAAAUAAUUCGAAUUAUUUGUGCAAUAAUAAGUAUUAUAACAAUUCAGUUUAUGUUAAUGAAAAUUAUUUAAAGACUAUGUAUGAUAAUUUAGAAAUAAAAAAUAGAAGUACCGGUAUGCAUAAUAAUAUGAACUAUAAAUAUUAUGAACAAAUGAAGUUAUAUAACGAAAGGAAAAAAAAAUUAGAAAAUAUGAUGCAGUCUAUGGAUGAUUCAUUGCCUUUAAUUAAAUUGGGAGAAGCAAGUAUAGCAUCACCGUUUACUUAUAAAGGAAAUGAUAUAAAAUGCGUUAAAGAAAUUAUAUGUUGUGGUAGAUGCGCUUUAUCAAAAGUUAUAAUGAUGUAUAAAUUAAUGAUUAUAAAUUCUUUGAUUACAGCUUUUUCAGUUUCUAUAUUAACAUUAGAUGGUGUAAAAUUAAGUGAUGCUCAAACUACAAUUAUAUCGUUAUUAUAUACUUCAUUAAUUGUUCUAAUAUCUAAAGCUACUCCUUUAAAAAAUAUAUCUAAUUAUUCUCCUCCUAAUUCUUUAUUUAAUAUUAGUGUUAUAACCUCGUUAAUUUUUCAAGUAUUUAUUCAUUUUUCUAUUUUAAUAUAUGGAUGGAAGCUAUCUUCUUCAUAUAGACCACCUGAUUAUGUGCCUGACUUGAAAGGAGAAUUUACACCCAAUUUAGUGAAUACAUGCAUUUAUUAUUUGAUAUAUUGUAUCAAUUUAUCUAUUUUUUCAUGUAAUUAUGAAGGUUUACCUUUUAUGACUCCCAUCCAUAAAAAUAAAGAAAUUGUUUAUAUAUUUAUCGUUAAUUUUAUCUUUCUAUUUUCACUCGUAAUGAACAUUUUCCCAUUUUUAAAUCAUUUCUUUUCUCUCGUUUCUUUUCCUAAUAUCAAAUUAAAAUUUUUAUUUUUGUUUUUAAUGGUUUUAGAUAUUGUUAUACCUUAUCUUAUUUCCAAUAUUAUUAGAUAUGCUAGACUAUAUUUUUUUCAAAAAUAUAAGAUUCAUUUAUAG